UUCAAAUGAAAGGCAACCACAAUCUCAUCUCAUUUCCCUCCUCAACCUCACUCUCAGUGAAUUUCGGAUCACCUCCAAAAAUUUUGUAAUCUUGCACCCCCAAAUUAGAAUUUUGUACAUUUUUUAGCACCAUUUUCAGCUAACAGUUACCUUCUUUUCAUUUCAUGUCAAUUCAAUUUUGAUUUUUUGAAACCGACAAAAUGAGUACCGGAGAACUUCUCGACGUUGAUCCGGUGGAGAUGAAAUUUCCAUUUGAGUUAAAGAAGCAGAUAUCUUGUUCUCUACAAGUGACGAAUAAGACCGAAAAUCAUGUGGCUUUCAAGAUUAAGACCACGAAUCCGAAGAAAUAUUGUGUUCGGCCAAACAUUGGGAUCGUUUCGCCAAAUGGCAACUGUGAUAUUGUUGUUACAAUGCAAGCACAAAAGGAGCUUCCAACAGAAAUGCAAUGCAAGGAUAAAUUUUUGCUUCAAAGUGUAAUUGCGCCUGCUGGUGCAAGUCCAAAAGACAUCACUGCUGAAAUGUUCAAUAAGGAUCAAGGCAAGGUGGAAGAGUGCAAGUUGAGGGUUGUGUAUGUCGCACCACAACAACCAGCAUCUUCAGUUAGCGAGGAAGCAGAUGAUGGCUUUUCAGCUUGCAACAACACAAUGGAUAACGGCGGCAGUGAAGCAAAAUCUCGUGUUACUAAGUUGACUGAGGAAAAAGCUGCUGCAGCACCGGGAACCAAAAUUCGUCAGGAAACGGAUGUGUUGAAAAAGAAAACUGGAGGAGUAACAGCCAUCACUCUGGUUAUCGUUAUUGGCGUGAUAGGUAUUGUUAUCGGAUACCUUGUCAAAAGGACAUGACCGCAGAGCAGAAUCGAUCUUCCCAGUUACCUUGUUUAUUUUAUGAUAUAAGCUAUUAAGCUUUGUGAUUAGAGGUAGAUUUACAAUCUUAUUUAGACGUUGACAGACAGUGCUUUAAUAGCAUUCUUCCAUUUUUUCUGUAACUUGGAGAAAAUACGUUAGAUGUAUGCAACGGAGGGGAAAAAGUGUCUUCGAAUUUGUAUCUUAUGUCUA